CCAAACCAAACAAUUUCGUAAACAAUCACUAAAAAUUAAAGUUUCUCCAUAAAAACUCCUUUUUUAAGCUCUUUAAAGUCAUCAAAAGUGGAUUUUCGACGAUGGCAACGAACAUCGAAUGGACAAAAGACGCACUUAUGGCGCUAAUCCAGGCGUACAAGGAACAAACUUUAUUGUACGAUACAAAAAUGACGCCUCUGUACUACAAUAAGAAAGCCCGCCAAGCGGCGAUGGACAAGGUCUUGGAAGAGGUCCAGAAAUAUCGUCCCGGAUCGACGCAGCACGACAUCGUGAAAAAACUCCAAGUUCUUCGCACGCAAUACGGGCAGGAAUUGACAAAAAUCCGCAAAAGUCAAGGAUACGGCGACGAAUACACUUACGCGCCGCGCAUUUGGUGGUUCCCCGAACUCAAUUUUUUGAGGGAUUACAUGAAAUCUCGACCAACUGUGAAAAUCGAGGUCAAAGAAGAGGAACAGUCCUUCAAAGAAAUGGAUGAAGAAGAAGUCAAGGAACCGUCAAACAAGCGAAUUAUUCUCUCGAAAGACGACAACAUCACGAUUGUCGAUCGCUCGGGAAAUCCAAUUUCGGAACAAAGCAGCAAAAAUUCGAAUCAGUACGUAAUUUACGAGAACGAGUCUUAUUUGGAGAAUCCUGAUCAAGAUGAGAGCGAAAUAAUUGUCGAGCCAUACACGAAACCGUCGUCUUCAGAGCCAUCGCGACACGAACAAAUCGGAAAAUUUGUCGCUUCGCAAAUGUCAACGAUUAAGGACGAUAUUUUGUUUUACCAAACACAACAUGAGAUUUUGACGAUAAUUAACAAGGCAAACUUGAAACAAUUGGAGAUGAAUAUGAAGGGAGGACGAGCAAGUAGUGUCAUUAGUUUACAACUCGAAUCAGAAUAAAUUAACUAUUUUUUUUUGUAACUUCGGUAGACUUAAAAAAAAUAGAUUUUUCUUGUCACGAAAAUAAUUUGAUAGAUUUUCUUUAAAUUUAAUUCUUAUUUUUAAAAUAAAAUAAUAUGCAUUGUACAAAUAAAAAAAUAAUAUUAAUCAAAUAAAUGAGUAU